UCAACUUCCCUGAUAAAGUAAAGCGGUAGACGCUUGAAGUGAACGAGCAAGAAACCACUCCUAAAUUAAUCGCAGUUACUAACCCCAGGAUUAUCUCCUUUUGGGGAGAUAAACAUUAAGUUCGUCAUAGUUUGAACUGGAUUCAUAGCUCUAUAUUUAGCUGCUCAACAGAUCGAUCUAACGUUUGUUCUCAUCGCGUUGUUUGGAUUUUAAAGUGGACGUUUUGAGUGGAGAUCGCGGUGAAACAUUUCCAUUGUCCUUUGAAGUCCAACACACCUCCCAGCUAAAACCAUGCCAUUCCCCUUCGGGAAAUCUCAGAAGAGCCCUGCAGAGAUUGUGAAGAGUCUGAAGGAGAAUGUGGCAUACUUGGAGAAGCUGGAAUCAUCUGAAAGCAAGAAGUGUGAAAAGGUUGCAGAGGAAGUAUCAAAAAAUCUUGCGUCGUUGAAAGAGGUGCUGUCUGGCACCGGAGACAAGGAGCCUCAGACUGAGGCAGUGGCCCAACUGGCUCAAGAGCUCUACAACACCAACCUCCUCAUUUCUCUCAUAGCAAAUCUACAGAGGAUUGAUUUUGAGGGAAAGAAGGACGUGGUGCAUCUGUUUAGCAACAUAGUACGUCGGCAGAUUGGCGCUCGCACCCCAACUGUGGAGUACAUCUCUUCCCACUCUCAGAUACUCUUUAUGCUGCUGAAAGGCAGCUAUGAAACCCCAGAAGUGGCCCUUAACUGUGGCAUGAUGCUGAGGGAAUGUCUGCGUCAUGAACCUCUGGCCCGAAUCGUUCUGUUCUCGGAGGAUUUCUUCUGCUUCUUUCGCUAUGUGGAGCUGUCUACCUUCGACAUUGCCUCUGAUGCUUUCGCCUCUUUUAAGGAUCUUCUGACAAGACACAAGAUCAUGUGUGCAGAUUUCUUGGAGACAAAUUACGACAGAGUGUUCACAGAGUAUGAAAAGCUGCUGCAUUCUGAGAACUAUGUCACCAAGCGCCAGUCUCUGAAGCUUUUGGGAGAACUACUGCUGGACAGACACAACUUCACAGUCAUGACCAAAUACAUCAGUCGAGCUGAGAACCUAAAGCUGAUGAUGAACAUGUUGAGAGACAACAGCCGCAACAUCCAAUUUGAAGCCUUCCAUGUCUUUAAGGUGUUUGUGGCCAACCCCAAUAAGACGCAGCCUGUGCUGGACAUCCUCAUCAAGAAUCAGUCCAAGUUGGUGGAAUUCCUGAGCCACUUUCAAACGGACCGUUCUGAAGACGAGCAGUUCUGCGAUGAGAAGAAUUAUCUCAUUAAGCAGAUCCGGGACAUCAAACGGCCUGCACCUGCAGAGGAGUCCUAAUGGAAAACGUUGAGUGUAGAACCAGGGAGCUCGCCUAGUGAUGUGGUUUGAUUAUGUGGGUGAGAAUUGGAUGGGAGGGACUAAAUGAGUCAAAGAAAGAAAGGCAUCACUUGGACUAAAAAUAUUUACAUCCAACUUCUGAAACAGAUGGAGAAAUGCUGUCAGAAAGUGCAAACACAUGUCUGUCCCUUUACUUGGGGCGAGCAGGGUUUUGGAUCAAAUAAAACCCAAGCACUCCAUUUAAACCUAUAUAUAUUUUUAGCACUGCCCUUACAAAGGAAGUACAAUUGAUUUACCUUCAGACGGUAAAUCUUAGAUUAAAACGUUUAUCCAAAUUCAUCUGAAUGAGAAGCAUUUCUAAAGCCUGCUCAGGGCUUUUUAACAUUUUUAAUUAAGUUAGAACAAGUACAUUGGUACAAGGUAUGGCUCUGCAUAUUUGCACUAAAUCUGGUAGCUUUGCUCCAGGUUGGCCAUUAGUGCCAGUUCAUACUCUUAGCACAAGAAAACCAAAUAUUAAGGAAUGCAUUAAAAAUGUAAAACGGUAGGUCAUAAAUACAGGACAUUAGGGGGCCUUCUUUAAAUACACAAACACAAAAUCAACAGGACAUUUUCAGAUUUAUACUAGUUAAGGGACAUUAAAGCAUUUUAAAAGCCAGAAAAUGUCAUGUGGUCAAGCGAAACCUUAAUCUUUGAAAAAGUAGCCCGUGGAGUUUAGUGGUCAUGUUGUAAUGCUGCACUCAAUUUCCAUUUUAACUGGGUGCCUUAUUUAAAUAGCUUGGUCAUUCUGGGUCUUCUAUUACAUUUAUAUUUAUCUAUAACAUUGGAUUUGUAGUAAUAUUCUGCUUUUGCUUGGGUUAACACAUUAGGAGAACUAGUUUGCUUUAAACUACUAAAAAAAAACCAAUUGUAUGACAUUAAAAAAAACAAUACUCAUUUAUAGACAUUUUCUCAGUUUAGAUGAAAAAUGCAAUGAAUAAUUCAGGGUUCAUAGACUUCAGCAAUGGUGAAAUACAUGGUACACAAUUACAGUGCAAGACAUGAUAGCUUCCACACACACACACUGUAACGUUGAAAGGAUGUGAAAUGCUAGAGCCGGGGCACGUCAUUCAUCAUGCCGAAUUUUGAUGGACGGCUUAGACAAGCCAAUUAAGCCUUUAAAACAUGGAUGCAAUAGGAAAGACCAUUUAACACAGUUCUUCGUGUCCUGCACUGUCAAACUUGAAUGAGCCAAAGCUGUGGUAACACGGUAUAUCUUACGAUGCCUGACUAGACCUAGAAUUUGGUUCUCCUAUGGAUGGAUUGCACCUUUCAGUAUCUCUUGGAAGUUUUAGAUGAAAUGCAGAACAGGAUUCUACUGAAAGGUUCCACCAUUAGUCUUUAUACCUUAAGUUGAAUAUAUUUUAUGUACUCUAUUUGCACAAGUUUCUUUCUCAUAUACCUCAGAUUUUAAAUUCCUAAGUGCUGUUUUUCCCCGCUUUGCUUCAGUAGAAUUUGUGGUAUCAGGUUCAUUACAUUAACAUUAGUAAAUGCAUUCGGUGUCAAUGAAUUAGCAUUUAUUAGUCUUGGUUAAUGUUAAUUUCUGCUUUUUAAAAUACAUUUCAUGAACAUUUGUUUAUACAUAAUGAACAAUAGUGUAUUUAUUAAUAAUUAACAUUAACCUAGAUGAAUAAAAACUGUUUAUGAUACCUGAUGCACUAACAAACAAAUCACAAUUUAUUGUAAAGUGUUUCUGGUAUUAUUAUGGAUGUGGGACAGUAGGGGUUUGAAUUUUGCAAGCUAAAAUAAGACCUUACAACACAAAGUUGUGGUCUUGUAAUGCUGAAACGGACCUGCAAGGGAAACAGUUUAAUUUUUGCAUUUCGCUAAUGGGUACAUAGGCUGUCACGAGUGUGAGGAGAGCACUUGCCGUGCUUGUGUGAAUGAGCCACACUCUAAAAGGUUUUUAAUGGAUUAAUCCAAAUGUCAAUGUGUUCUUGUGCUUUGACAUCGUUUCAGUCAGCUCUUCAGCGGAAGCGAAUGUUUUUUGAAAGUGUAGAUUUGUGCUUUAUUGUAAGUAUUUAGGAGGUGAAGGGGGAAAAACCUUCUAAGCUGCCUUUCUUGCUUUUAUAAACUGCACCAUGUGUGAAAUCACAAAGCCUUUGUGUUGAACAGUGACCUAGACUGAUUCGCUUUUUGUAUCCUCAAAAGAUCUACAGCUAUCGAUUACCAAAUAUUUCCACCGUUUCAUUAAAUGUCACUUGAUACCACAAGUACAAGAAUGAGUGUUUAGCCAAAUGUGAUUAUUCCGCUGACAGGGUUUUUAAGGAGGGUUUUUGUCCUUAAGCUCAUAUAAGCUUUGAGCCUUGAGAUUCUCCAUGCAGUGAUAAUGAUCUCUGACUAAGAGAUUCAAAUUAAUAUGUUAAAUUUAUGGUAAGUUAUUAUACACACCUUUUAUUCUUUGCAGUUUGACUGAUAAAUGUUUGCUAGGCUUUUCACUCAUUUCUCACACAUUUGAGUUUUGUCAUAUUUUCCACUGUGGGAGAGGAUUAUAUAUGUACAUAAAGUUUUAUUUUAAAAAGAGUAAGUGUGAAGGCAUAUUGAAAAUAAAAGAAACGAUGGCA